GAGGUUUGCAGACAUGUGGGACGUCAGGAAAAAUAUGAAUACAGUUGUAGUCAGCGGAAACACUACAGCCGGCAAGACCCUCCCCGGCGUGCAUCCUCUCUCGCUUUAGCUGCCCCACCCUGCUCCUCGCCUCCCCUUCCCCACCACCUGUUCCUUCCUCCCUCCUGAGUCUCUCCGAACACCCUGUGCCUCCACCCUGCCCCUCUCUAUCCCACUUCCAUCCCCCUUCUCUCACCCGGCCACUACCUCCCUCCGAGCCCCACCACAUCGUGUCUCCCGUCCAUUCCCUGCCUCUACCGGGGUCUACCCCUCCAGUCUCCUCCUACCAGCCAUUCCCUCCCACUCCUCCUCGCCCUUCCCUCACCACGCCUCCUGUCUGCUCUUCUCGCCUCACUCACUUGAUACCUCGGCUUGGUAGUGGUGGCGCCAGCCCUUUCCCUGUGUCAGUGUCACUGUUAGCCUGCCAGUGGAGGGUUUAGCACGUCCUGUGAGCAAGGGAAACCGUCUUAAAGCGAUUCCUUUACUUGCCAUUCACAGCAUACACAAGAUCUAACAACGUCUGGGUAGACAAGGCCACAAAAGGAAUCAUGGUGGCUUUAGGAGUAGAGAAAGAGGAACACGUCCUCAAAUGCACAUGGGAUAACAUUGAACCAGUCCCUCAGGAGCCCCUUGUCACAUACAUCCUGAAUAAAUGUGCUCAAGCUGGAGAAAUUGAUGCCUUGGUAGAUGGUGUGUCAGGAGAAAAGCUGAAGUACAGUGAGCUGACCACCUGGGUGCGUAACAUCAGCUAUGGGUGGCAGGGAGCUGGGCUGGAGGCUGACCAGGUGGUGUGUUUGGUCACUCCAAAUUGUAUCCUUGCCCUGCCAACUUUUCUUGCUACCGUUGCUGCUUCAGGCAUUGUAACUUUUGCCAAUCCACUCUACACUCCAGAUGAACUGCGUCGGCACAUCAACCAUAGCAACUCAUCCUGGAUCAUCGUCCACCCGCUGUUCCUCCCAAGUGUGCAGGCUGCUGUCAAGGAUAACAAGAACAUAAAGGGUAUUUACAUCAUGGGAAAUGAAGGCAAGGAUGACAUUCAGCCAGUCACCAGCCUGUGUAAAGAAGCUCCUGCAGACUGGGUGUGUGCUGGUGGUUCAGGGGACCAGGUGUUGCAUCUGCCAUACUCCUCAGGCACCACCGGCCUUCCUAAAGGGGUGGAAAUUACAGCUACUAAUUGGCUUGCUGUGCUUUCAAGUAUUGGGAGGAAAGAAUAUCUCGACAUCAAAAGUGAAGAUGUCAUUUUGGGAAUUCUGCCAUUUUUCCACAUCUUUGGAAUUGGAAUGGGCCUAGCUGCUCUCUCUCAUGGAGCCACCAUUAUCACUCUACCGAGGUUUAUCCCAGAUAUAUUCCUGAAGGCACUGCAAACUUACAAGGUCACACUAGUGCCAGUGGUGCCUCCCUUGGCUAUCUUUUUAGCCAAAAAUGAAAUAGUUGCCAAAUUUGAUCUGAGUGCUAUAAAGAGCAUUGUAUGUGGAGCUGCUCCUCUGUCAGGAGAGGUGCAGGAAAUACUCUGUAAAAGGUUUCCAGAAGUAACUGUAAGGCAAGGCUUUGGCAUGACAGAAACAACCCUUGCAGUGUUUGCUAGCGAGUCCAAUGAGCCUGGCGCUGUGGGACACAUCACAGCACACAGUGAAGCCAAGGUUGUUGACAUGGAAACUGGUGAUUCUGUUGGACCAAAUGUAGAUGGAGAAUUAUGUGUGAGAGGUCCAGUAAUUACUAAGGGUUACUACAAUGAUGAGAAAGCUACCAGAGAGUUGAUAGAUUCUAGCGGCUGGCUCCACACCGGUGACGUGGGCCACUUCAAUGAGGAUGGAGUCUUCUACAUUGUGGACCGCAUCAAGGAGCUUAUCAAGUACAAAGGUUUCCAGGUUGCACCAGCAGAACUUGAGGGUCUUUUGGUAACACAUGAGGCCAUUGCUGAUGCUGCCGUCAUUGGCGUAAAGGAUGAGGAGGCUGGCGAGUGUCCAAAGGCAUAUAUCGUACAAAAACCUGGAAAAGCAAUUGAUCCAGAAGACAUUAUUGAUUGGGUCAAAGAGAGAGUGGCUCCCUUCAAGCGGCUGCGGGGAGGUGUGGAGAUUAUUGAUGCCAUUCCUCGCUCACCUGCAGGAAAAAUAUUGCGGAAAAACUUGCGUGAACAGCCAAAUGGUGCCUAAGAAUUGAAGUGUAAAUUAUAUAUAGAGUUGUAAGCUAUCAAAAGCUAUUGCUUUACCUUCAUUAAGCUUUGUGUUUUGGGAUACUUCAUUGUUUAGAAAGAAAUGUGUUAUUUUAAGAUGAGAGGGAUUAUGGGCAAUUUUCAUAAAUAAUUUAAAUUUUUUAGUUGAAAUUUUCUUACUGUUUUGUGAAGACAUGUGUCCCAUAGAAACAUUCCCCACAUAUCUUGCAUAUUUUAUAUAGAAAAGAUAUGUUACUGUUUUAAAAUAUUUAAAUGAUAUGAAAUAUUUUACAAAUGUGAA